UUGUGUGUAUGACAUGGAUGAGAUCUUCCGGAGGCAAAUAUUCAAGUGCCCAGCGUGCAGUCCUAAGGCACAUGCUGUUGCGGUGGAUGGCAAUAGGAAACUGUACCGCUUUAGGAAAGGUGAUGAACAACACCGUGGCCUUUUUGAGGGACUUUUUCUAGCGAAAGAUGAAGAGGUUCAACAAUUUGUCCAGGAGGUCCAUCAGCAGACCAAGCAUGUGUCUGGCAAAGGUGUAUGCGGCAAAGGCGUUUGGGCUGCUGCAAGGGAAACGACUGUGAACAAAUCGAAAAAACUUGAUGAGGAGGGCCUGGAGGUGGCAGUGUGCCGUCACGGCAUGCUCCUGAAAGGACUGAAUAUGUUCAGGGGCGAGAUAUUUGCAUAUCCAUUGUACCUACAAAAAGAAUGCCUUCCAACUGUGUUUUUCUGCAGCGAUGUCGUAUGCAAAUAUUGGCCGUACUUAAAAAAAGUGAUUAACAAAUUCACAAACUUGGAGCACCUCUUGCAAUCAAAGCCAUUUCUAUCAAUCAUGCACGCUAAGGCGCAUUCCCUUAAGUGUGAGAUCAAUUGGGGAGGCCGAAACCAAGAUGGCGCUGGCACCACGCUUGGAGAGGAAGUUGAACAAGUAAAUAGCUUCCUCUCCAGGACAGCCAUUUGUACGAAGUACAUGGCCAAAGGAGCCAGGACAGACAUGCUGACGAUACAGGCCAUGGGUUGGAAUCUCCGAAAGAGGGAGCAUCUGGCCUCAACACUAUGCCGAAAAUAUGUUAAAACGAAAGCAAACCUUGUGGAACACAACAAACAAUUGGAGGCAUUCCAGUUGGAGAAUUCAGUGAGUGAGAACACUGUCCAGCAGUGGGUGGAGGACAUAAAAGAAUGGGCAGCUUCAGGGGAUGACGGACCACUAGACACCCUAGAAAAGAAAAUAGAGGGUCUAGCUAUGUCCUAUAAGCAGAGAAGGACAGACCUGUACCGCCUCACAGAUGGAAGCAAAAGGAGACAACCUCUCAGGAAAAAAAUGGCUGGAGAAAAGAGUCAGUUGAUUGAGGCCAUUGAAGAGUAUAACAUCACUAGGUCACCACCACUGGACACUGCAGACACCAUUCUAGCAUCUGACUCUUACAUAUGGCCAUGGGUGGUGCGAGAACAGGAGGACUUGAAAACCAAGAAAAGGGCGUUCGACCUGAAGAUGCUAAGUCUACGCUUAAAUGAAGAACAGCACAUCAUUCUGUCUGAGGUCAAACAACAUUGGCAGACUCUCAAGACCGAAGCAGCUACGUUGCAUGAGCUCUCUGCCAAUAUGAAAGACAGUUGUAAACCAGAUUCUCCAAAAGGCCUCUGUUGUUAUGUGAAAAAAAGGCUGACCUUCACCAGCUCACACAUGGCCAUGGUCCAGGAGAUGUACAGGAAAUUCCUUCAGAGUGAUGACACAACGUGGGCAGAAGAGGAGGAUGUUGAGGAGAUAGAGGACCAAGGUAGCAGCAUUUCAGAAGAGGAGGAGAUAGAGGACCAAGGUAGCAGCAGUUCAGAAGAGGAGGAUUGAAAUGUCAGCUGCCCUCAUCCCCGUUCACUCCCUCCACACCCCCACCCUCCGGACGGACACUUGCCAUGGUGCGCCCCUC